GAGGCGGAGAGACCUUACUGCACUCACACUCAGGCUCACAAACAUUGAACAGCACAUGUGAGGCUUCAGCAGUCAGGACUCAACAAGCAUCAUGAGAUGCUACACAUUAAGGAAAAAACUCCAAAUGACUCUUCUGAGUCUGUUUCUGUUUCAGAGCAUAAUUGCUGCACAAUGGGAAAGUAUAGGUGCUGUUGCCAGUCUCACUGCUUCUAUCAAAACCACAUCAUCUGUGUCUCUAACCUGGAAUGAGCCACCUGGGAACAGGUCGUACUUUACAGUAAAUUGGGCUGAUGGCAGUGUGAAUAACAGCAGUAACACUUCAAACACGUCUUACACUGUCACUGGUCUGACUGCUGGAGUGAACUACACAUUCACUGUUACUGCAGUUGCUGCAGAUGGACAAACUGCAGGAGCACCAACUCAAAUCUCAGCAUUCACAAAGCCAAAUGCUGUCACCAGUCUCACUGUCUAUAACAAAACUACAUCAUCUGUGUCUCUAACCUGGAAUGAGCCACCUGGGAACAGGUUCUACUUUACAGUAAAUUGGACUGAUGGCAGUGUGAAUAACAGCAGUAACACUUCAAACACGUCUUACACUGUCACUGGUCUGACUGCUGGAGUGAACUAUACAUUCACUUUUACUGCACUUGCUGCAGAUUCACAAACUGCAGGAGCACCAACUCAAAUCUCAGCAUUCACAAAGCCAAAUGCUGUCACCAAUCUCACUGUCUCUAACAAAAACACAUCAUCUGUGUCACUAACCUGGAAUGAGCCACCUGGGAACAGGUCGUACUUUACAGUAAAUUGGACUGAUGGCAGUGUGAAUAACAGCAGUAACACUUCAAACACGUCUUACACUGUCACUGGUCUGACCGCUGGAGUGAACUACACAUUCACUGUUACUGCAGUUGCUGCAGAUGGAAUUACAGGAGCACCAACUCAAACUUCAGCCUUCACAAAGCCAAAUGCUGUCACCAAUCUCACUGUUUCUAUCAAAACCACAUCAUCUGUGUCUCUAACCUGGAAUGAGCCACCUGGGAACAGGUCGUACUUUACAGUAAAUUGGACUGGUGGCAGUGUGAAUAACAGCAGUAACACUUCAAACACGUCUUACACUGUCACUGGUCUGACUGCUGGAGUGAACUACACAUUCACUGUUACUGCAGUUGCUGCAGAUGGACAAACUGCAGGAGCACCAACUCAAACUUCAGCCUUCACAAACCCAAAUUCUGUCACCAGUCUCACUGUCUCUAUCAAAACCUCAUCAUCUGUAUCUCUAACCUGGAAUGAGCCACCUGGGAACAGGUCGUACUUUACAGUAAACUGGGCUGGUGGCAGUGUGAAUAACAGUAGUAACACUUCAAACACGUCUUACACUGUCACUGGUCUGACCGCUGGAGUGAAAUACACAUUCACUGUUACUGCAGUUGCUGCAGAUGGACAAACUGCAGGAGCACCAACUCAAAUCUCAGCAUUCACAAACCAUCCAAAUGCUGUCACCAAUCUCACUGUCUCUAACAAAAAUACAUCAUCUGUGUCUCUAACCUGGAAUGAGCCACCUGGGAACAGGUCGUACUUUACAAUAAAUUGGACUGAUGGCAGUGUGAAUAACAGCAGUAACACUUCAAACACGUCUUACACUGUCACUGGUCUGACUCCUGGAGUGAACUACACAUUCACUGUUACUGCAGUUGCUGCAGAUGGUGGAACUGGAGGACUCUCUCGGAUCUCAGCCUUCACAAAGCCAGACAUCGUCAGAAGUCUCACAUCCUCUGAAGUCACAACAACAUCUGUAUUUCUGGACUGGAAUAAACCAUUAGGAGAGAGGUCUUUCUUUAUAGUGCGAUGGACAAACAGCAGUACAACUCCUGUAACUGCCUUUAACAUCACUGAUCUAACCCCUGGAACAAAUUACACAUUUACAGUCUCAGCUGUUGCUGCUGAUAAUAAAACAGAAGGAUCACUGGUUGGCCUUUCCACUUGUACAGAUGCAAGUCCUGUCUUUGACAUAACCUGCAAAGGACCAAAUCGCACCUCACCAGCUUUGCUGAACUUAACAUGGAUGAAUCCUCCGGGCAACAACCAAGGAUUUAACAUCAGUCUCAAUCAAACACCCAGUGUCUUUAUUUUACCUUGUAGUCCUGUCUGUAACCACAUUUUUUCUGAAAACCUCCAAUACUUCAGCACUUACAGUGUGAUUAUUUCAACCCUUGGAUGUGGUGAGAGUGGUACAUGGGACUUUAAGUGCACAACAGGCAUUACAGACCCAUCAGUUCCCAGUAAUCCAGGAGACGUAGCAAUCAUCGUCUCUCCAAUAAGCCAGACUGUAGUAAAGCUACAAUUCAGUACCAGUCUUCUGAAUAGUACUAAUGGGCCAAUUCAAGCCUAUGGUGUUCUGCUCUCAACUGACCUGAAAAGUAGCAACUCCAGGAAUGACCUAACAAUGACCUAUAGUGAUUGGGUAAAAGAGAAGACCAAGACUUAUCUCACUGUUUUAAAAUUAAAUGAAAAUCUAAUUUCCAGAAGCAACAUGAUUACGAUUGAAAUUGGAAGUAACAAUGUCUUAGAUGUAAUCAGUAAUACAGAGUAUACAAACGGACCUCUGACUAAUCAGAACUACAGAGUAGCCAUGGUUCUAUUCACUUACCUGGAAAUCAAAGAAGGACUUGUAGACAUCAAGCAAUCAAUUUUCUCUGUGACACCUUUUGCCACUAAGAUCAUAAAACCACUCAACCCAUCAUCAAACACUGUUGCAGUUAUUUUGGGGGUGCUGUUGUCCAUCAUCUGUAUUUUUAUCAUCAUCGCCAUCAUCUUUGUCAUGCUGAGAAGACUCCAGACCCACCACAACCUUGAACCGGCGGUUACUGAAAGUUUUGACCUGCAAUCAACCUAUGUCAACUUGAGUAAUGCAACAAGGCCGAUUCUAGAUUCUCCCACCAAAUUGGUUCAAACAACCUGGAAAUUUUGAAACACCCCUCAGCCUUUCCAUCCAAAUUCAUCUGGCUCACCAUCAGUUACAGAAGACUUUGGCAACCAUGAAUGUAGUGAACCAGACUGGUGUGUGUGUGUGUGUGUGUGUGUGUGUGUGUGUGUGUGUGUGUGUGUGUGUGUGUGUGUGUGUGUGUGUGUGCUGUGGGGCGGGUGUCAGAAAGAUUUUAUUUGGUGUUAUAUUAUGGGGUCCAGUUAAAGCCCAUUUUUUAUUUUAUGUGAUAGGAAUUUUAGAAAAAUACUACAUUUGAGCUAUCUAUUUUAGACUGUUGAAAAAAAAGCAGGCAGCACAGUGGUGCAGGAGGUAGCAUUACUGUAUAGGGACUUUGCCAGUGAUAUAAUCCCUAAAGUAUUAUCUUUCCUGUCCAACGCAUAAACCAUACCAGAAAAUGACCGCAAAAGCUUAGCACAGGCACUUAUUUGAAGCUCAUUUGAGGUUAUCUGCAAAACCAAUAACCAGGAUGGCCACAACACACAAGACUCCAGGCAAGAGUCUCCAAGGUGGGCAGAGUCAGGAAAGGCAAGAUUUGUCUCUCCAGGAAGACAAUGGUUACUGUUAAAUAAUGAUCCAAUAAACUGGUGUUAUAUAACAAAAAAGCCCUUUCUUUUCAAACACAGCAAACCAAAAAAUUGCUCUGGACUUUUAUAACCUGCUUUUUCAUAUAGUGUGUAUGAUCAUUUCAUUCCCCAUGUAAUUCCUCUGUUUUCUCAAAGGCACAGGGAACUCUGUGAGUGCACAAUAUUACAUUUUCAUGAUCUAGGCAUUUUAUAAGCAUGCUAAAUGUAGUUCUCAAAGUGCAGUUCCUGGGAGGCGAGAAUUAGUAAUGCACUCCAGGACGUCCCUUUGAACAACACCACUGAAUGAGGAGAGGAAUGAACCCUGACCCACCUCAUCACAUAAGAUCCAAAGCUGCCUACACUCAUUGUACAUGCCUACCAUUAUACUUUAUUUCACUAUAUUAUACAAUUGUCAAUCAAUUACUUUUUCUGCAUUAUAUAUUGUAUUUCUUUUCUAUUUCCAUAUAAUUUGUUAAAUGUAUGCAUACUCUUCUUAUUAUUAUUAAACUGCUUUUAUGUUGUA